AUGGCUACGCGCGACAUAGCCAUAGGGGAGGACAUCGUGGAGAUCCCCGAGCGCCUGCUGAUGACGGCGUCCAAGGUGCAGCACGCCGGGCAUCUGAGCGAGCAGCAGGCGCUGACGCUCUGGGUAUACCAGCAAUACAGCCUUGGCGAGCGGUCGCCCUGGCACGCGUACAUCUCAACACUGCCGCAGGACUUUGACUCAGUGCCGCUGUUCCAGCUGUCGGGUGCGUUCGCCCGGAAAACUGGCGCAGACCGGAUUGUGGCACGUUCUGCCGCGGUCUGUGCAGGCGAAAAUUGCCGACCAGCACCAGCGGCUGGUGGAGGACUGGCGGUGCGCGAAAUUGACUGGCGUAGAUUCGUGUGGGCGUGGCUGGCAGUAAGCACGCGGUCGAUUAACCUGGGCAGAAAGCACAAGGACCGGCUGGCGCUGGCGCCGUUCCUGGAUUUUCUGAACCACAGCGAAACCGCGCAGGUAACGGUGCGGUACGAUGAGCACCGGCGGGUGUUUGCGAUUCGCUCCCUGGUGGGUUACAGGAAGGGCCAGGAGGUGUUUAUUUCCUACGGGCCGCACGAUAACCGGCACAUGCUGGUUGAGUAUGGAUUCGUGCUUGAGCACAAUCCGUUCCGGUUCCUCGAGCUCGACAGCCAGGUCAUGGACUGGAUCAGCGAAUGCAAGCUGGUAGUCCAGAGACGCAAGCAGUCGGCGGUCAAACCGGAGGACUUUGACCGCAUGGUUGAGGUGCUGAAGGGGUAUGGGCUGUUUGGCGACUACACGUUUGACAACGAGCCGUCGUUCCGGCUCCUGGCGGCCCUGCAUUUGCUGCUGCCGCUGGUGGAGGAGGGGGCGGCGGUAAGGCGGGUGCUGGCGCGGUGGGAGCGGUGGCGCCGCGGCUGA